AUGACCCACGUUCGUGCCGUUAUUCCCGACGACUUUGAGCUCCCCGUUGAAGCUUUUGACAUUCCACUUUGCUAUCAAGGUGACUUGUCAGGAGUCGUCAUUCCAGAAGGCCUCGUCAGAGAUCGAGUUCGUCGUCUUGCUAAAGAUAUCAACGCUGAAAUCGGAAACAAGCCGAUCGCUUUACUAUGUGUCCUCAAGGGAUCCUACAAAUUUUUCACUGCUCUCGUCGAAGAACUCACAAAUGCUCGUUCGGCUUGCACAGAGCCGAUGACCGUUGAUUUUAUUCGAGUCAAGAGUUAUGAAGAUCAAAGUAGUACUGGACAGAUUCAAAUAAUGGGACUGUCUAAUCUGGACGAGCUGAAAGGAAAGAGUGUACUUGUUGUUGAUGACAUCUCCGACACUGGAAGAACUCUUGCCAAACUUCUGACCACUCUCAAAGAAACCGGAGUCGAGAAAACAUGGACCGCCCUUCUCUUAUCCAAACGUGUCAAACGUUUCGUCGAUGUUCCAGAGGAUUUCGUAGCAUUCGAAAUUCCAGAUAAAUUCAUUGUUGGAUACGGUCUCGAUUAUAAUCAGAAAUUCCGUGAUUUGGGACACAUUUGUGUAAUGAGUCCAUCCGGAAUCGAGAAAUACAAGACACAUUAG